GGGGGCUGAAGCCGGUUGGGGCUGCGCUUAGCGGGGUCUUCGGGGAAGAUGGCGGAUGUGUCCGGCAGCAACGGCGACACGGCGGAGCCCGUGGGGAAGGAGGCGGUGGAUCGAAUGAUUCAAGAGAACAACCACCUGUUCACAGAUGUCCAGUGUAAAGUAUGCAAUGCAGUACUCAUUUCUGAGUCCCAGAAACUCGCCCAUUACCAGAGCAAGAAGCAUGCAAACAAAGUAAGGAGAUACACAUCUAUUCACAAAGAGGAGGAGUUUAAUGAUGGGAAAAAACUGAAGCUAGAUUCAAAACAGGAGAGCAGCCAUGGCGAUGACAGGGAUCGGUGCUGUGCCAUCUGCAACAUGACCUUUUCUUCCCCCAUCGUGGCCCAGUCUCACUACCUGGGGAAGACUCAUGCCAAGAACAUGAAGUUGAAGCAGAGUAACUCCCAGGCGGAAGGUCCACCAAAAGUCCACACGGAUGCUACAACCCCUGGUCAGAGUGAAGGCAGUGGUAACACAUCUGAUCCAGACAAAUUCUGCAAGCUCUGCCAUGCCACUUUCAACAAUCCCUGCAUGGCCAAGCAGCACUAUGAUGGCAAGAAGCACAGAAAACAAGAGACCAAAGUCAAGCUGAUGGCUCAUUAUGGCAAGAACAAUGACUCACCCAUUACAGUUUCAGAAGCUGGAUGGGGCUAUCCCUGCAACACUUGCAAAAUCAUGCUGAAUUCCAUAGAGCAGUACCAGGCGCACAUCAGUGGCUUCAAGCACAGGAACCAUAUACCAGGAGCUGUGCCGACCCUAGGACGCUUUCCAAAGCAGCAAUAUGUUCGAGAAGAAACAGUGUCUUCAGGAGACUACAGUUACUUUAGCCAAGACUCCUAGAGCCAUUGGCAAUACUGUUCUCUUCAAGUUGGUGCCAGCCAAGAACAAGCAGCUAGUGCCAACUCUCAGUGGUUCUGUUAUCUGGUCAGAGACUGGCCCGUGCCUCCAUCUCAUAGUGACUGUGCAGGACAAAAGCAGAAAUGACUUAGUUUGGAAAGGAUCUGAUGUAGCAAGCUUUGCUCCAUCUUGUGUGCUCCAUUAGGAAGCUCCUUUGGCAUAAUCUGUUAAUUGACAUCUUGUUCUGUGUGUUCCUCAAACAUACAGGUGGUAUCCCUCCUUUGUGUGUCACUUCUUGCCACUCCUCUGCCUCUAAGCUAUGUCCCUGCCCUCUUCAAACAGUGCAGAACUCUUGGGUUUCAGGAACAGCACCUUGACUAAUUUAUCUUAGAUCAGGAGUAAUAACGUAGAGCUGGAUGUUAGCAAAUUGUUAUUCCCAACUCCCACUUGAACCUGGGUGUCUAAGUGUGUCUUACUUGUUCUUCCUUGAUGGGAAAACUUGCAUAGGAUUUAUUUCCCUGUAUUUAGAGAGAGAAAUCCUUGGGUUUUUCCUAGUACCCUAGACACCUACUAGAGAAACCAUGGAAUGUGAGUACCGAACCGUGGUGGGGUAGAGAACAAAAAACUUGGCCAACUCUACUUAUUUAUCCCUCAAAAGAAAGUCACGUUAGACCAAGUUAUUUCCAAUUGUGCAGGAGGGAUUCCUUUUUAAAUCUACUUUAUCUGUUGAAAUGUUUUGACUUUUUGUUGGAAGCCUCAUAUCUGCUUGUCAUGAUAAUAUCUGAAUGGUACUGGGAAGGUCAUGUUACUCUGGGCAUAAUCAAUGGUCAUAUUAGUAUGGGCAGUACAAGGUUCUUUCCCCUCUCAGUUGUUGUUGCUCUCAGUCACACGUCACCACUAGAAGGUUACUCUGAGGGUGCAAGUUAAAGAAGGUCACUUGGUAGCAGCUCUGCUUGUCCAAGGUCUGCUGCCUAUCUGCUUUACAGACAUAGACCACAUUAAAGUCAUUAUUCACCUGACCCUUCAGACUUUCUCCUUCCCUUGGUUCUGCAGUCCCAGAUGAGAAUGCAGUGGUGAUAAAUGGAAUCUGUGGAAAAGAAUAGGAAAGAUUCUUUCCAGGAAGAAGCCCCUAGGUAUUAGGAGACUCUGACUAGUGUUAUAUAUAGCUUUUCAUCCACAGAUCUUCCAGGCUAGAGAGGUUUUCAAAUGAUCAGAGAAGAUGCAGGAGGGAGAGUAAAGAAGUUGACCUAGACCAUACCAUGAAAGGGUCCCUUUGGCCACCCUUCCCUCUCCAGAAAGAGGGAAUACUUCCUCACAGUACCUGUUAUUGGAAGGAGCCUUAGAGGCUUUCUGGUGCAACCCAUACUGAACAAGAGUAUGCUGUUCAAUAUUCCUAACAAGUGGCCAGCCAGCCUUUGCUUGAAGAUCUCUGAUGGAGAAGAACCCACUGUCACCUAGGGCGGCCCAUUCUACUUUUGGACAAUUCUGAUUGUGGGGAAAUUUUUCUUACAUUAGGCUGAAAUCAGCCUUUUCGCAGCUUCCACCCAUUGUUCCUAGUUCUCCCCUGCCCCACCCCCUAGCCUAGCAGGACUUCUUCCACAUCACAGCCUUCAUAUAUUGAAGACGGGCACUUUGUCCACCCAGGUUUUAUCUUCUCCAAGCAGAAGCAUACCCAAUUCCUUCACCUGGUUGUCAUAUGACAUCAUCUUGAGGUCCUUCUGGUCUCCCUCUUCUGACUUCUCCAAUUUAUCAAUAUCCUUCACAACUGUGACUCCUAGAACCACUCAGUGUUCCAGGUAUGAUCUGACUAUGGCAGAUGAAAGCUAAAUUUUCAUUUCCCUAGUGUCCCAAACACUAUGCCUCUCAGUGUAGCCUGAUUGCUUUUUUGGCUAUCUUAUCGCAAUAUUGACUCAUAUUGAGUUUAAAGUCCACUCAGACUGACAAAACUUUUUCAAAUGAACUAUCUAGCUAUACCUUCCCUAUCUUGACUUUUUUUCCCUAACUUGAUUUUUUUUAAACCCAAGUAUAAGACUUUACAUUUAUCCCUGUAAAAAUUCAUCUUACUCAAUUGAUCCCAGUGUUUUGAACUUGUGAGAUCUUUUUGAAUCUUGAUUGUAAUCCAAUCUGUUAACUGUCCCUCUGAGUUUUGCUUUGUCUGCAAAUUCGAUAAACAUGCCAUCUUUCACCUUUAUCAAGUCGUUGAUAAAAAUGUUGAACAGCAUAAAGCCAAUAACUUCUCUGGGGCAUUCUAUUAAAGACCUCCUUCAAAUAAUGACAUAGAACAUUAAUGACCACUCUUUCAGUCCAGCCAUUCAUCCAAUACCAAAUUCCUUAUCAUGUAGCUCUCCUUUUUCACAAGAAUAGCAUGAGAGGUUUGUUAAAUGCUCGGCUAAAAUCUUGGUAAACUAAAUCUGUGGUAUUCCCCUGAUAUAUCAAUCUAGUAAAUCUGUCCAAAAAAAAAAAAGAAAAAAAGUGAGGUUAAUCAGGCAUGGCCUGUUCUUCAUGAAGUCAUCCUGACUCUUUGUGAUUACUGCUUCCUUUUCUGUACAUCUCUUAACCACCUCUUCAAUAUUAUGUUCCAGAAUUUUGACAGAAAUUGAAGUUAUGCUUAUUGGCCUACAGUUUGCCAACUUCAUAAUCUUCCCUGUCUUCUUCCAGUCUUGUUGCAUUUUUCCCAUUCAUCUUGAUCUUUCAGACCAGUUCUCUGUGAUAUAGUUUAUCUGGGCCUGGUGACUUGAAGGGCAGGUAGGUACUCUCUUACUCUUUCCCUGCUAAUCUUGGAUCUAAAUAUCCUGUUAGCCAUUUUUGUUCAGUCCUUUCCAAUCCAAAGAUCAGUGUCCUUGGCAGACAAAGCAGAAACAAAGUAAGAGUUGGGCAGCCUUUCUUUCUCUCCCUUGUCUUGUCAGUUAUGAUUGGCCCAUCUGCUUUGAGCAGCAGUCCUAUCUUGUCUUUAAUCAUCCUUUUCCUCAAUAUAGCUUUUUAAAAAUAAUUUUGGGGGGUCAUUUUUUAGGUUUUUCUACCAGUCUUAGCUCAUUCUGAGCUUGGACCUUCUUGACACUGUUCUUACAGGCCCAUGCCAUGCUUUGUAUUCAUCUUCCAUUACCUGCCUUUGCUUCCAUCUUCUAUACACAUCUUUUUAAAAAUCUAAGUUGCUCAAGUUUCAUUUGCUUACACAUUUCUCUUGUCUCUUCAUUGAAAUUAUUUUUGUGUCUCCAGAAUUUCAUUCUUAAAAACUUCCUUUUCCUCCUAGUAUGACUUCUGUCAGAUUUUGGUGCAUAGGAUCCUGCCUAUCCUUUUUCUGAAUCUUUUAAAGUCUUUUCUCCAGUAACCUUGCAUGCAUGUCAGACUGUACUCAGUUUUCCACUCCUUUUUCAAAAUUUAAGAUGAAGUGAUCACUUGCACCUUGAUUCCUCUCAUCUCUUCUUUAGGACCCAGUUACUUUUUGGUAAAAGUCUGAUCCAGAAUAAUAGUUUCUCAUCUUCCUUUUAUGGAUGAAAUUAUCGUUACUGCAAGCUAAGAAAUAAUUAGCUGCCACUCUGCUUUUCACAGAGCAUGAACUCCUGCAGGAGUCCGUAUGAUGACUACCAUGUCUUCAUUCCAUAGCUCCAGGCUUGUGGUCUGUUUGCAGAAGUUAACUCUUUCCUCUCUGGGUGUUCUGGGUGUUCUGUAGCAUUUUCUGAAUAAUUGUUUCUUUUUCCUUUGACUCUUUACAGUUUUUCUGACCUGACAGCAUCUAUGGGUCUGUAUCACCAAUUCCUUUGAGGACAAAUAGCUACUAGCUGCUCCCUCCUCUUCAAGAAGAGUGUCAUAUCUGCUCUUUAGCUCCAGUUGCUCAGUGACCCAUCCAUUUUCUCUUUUAUCACCAUCCAUCUUUUAUCACCUUCCAUCCUCCAGUCACAAGUCUUCUCUGUCUUAACAGAUCCUUUUUCUUUGUACUUGAAAGCUCUUUCAGUUUUUAAAGGAAGACUGCAUUCUUCCUGAUAACAGGGAUUGAAGAAACAUUCCUCAAGGCACUUUAAUUUGUCUUCUAAAAAGGAGACCUGCCCACACUUUGUACAUAGAUAAUUGUCCCUUGGCCGUGACAGAAAGAUAAAUGUCAUGUAUGUAGUAUGUGCAAAUCACUAACAAAUUUUCCACGUUCUUCACGUUUGCCCAGAAACAUAAGUUUCUUGGGCCUUUUUCCUACUAGUUGUGGUCCACUCCUCUGGAGAAUUCCUGUAGCCUAGGGAAGUCUUGGAAUCCAGAGUUUUCUUUCUCACCUGUGUUGUACUAUAGACACACCCAAUUUCCUUUUCUUUGUCUUCCUAACCUUCUCCUUGAGUCCCCUAUUGUCUUCACGGCUUCAUUUUUUGAGUCUUCAAGUUCUCUUCUUCCCUUUGUCCUCGAAUCAACACUGCAUAAGUGAUUCUCCUGCCUAACCAAACCCUCUAGUCCUGAAGACUACUUGUAGCAAGGAGCUGCCCCACACAAGGUACAGACCCUGCAGUAGAGAAGGUGUUUCUUUCUAUUCUGACAUAGCAAGCUUUCGAGGAUGUCCCACAGGAAGGUAGUUUGAAGAGGAUUGGGUUCCCUUUUUUAAUUCUCUUAAGAUUUUUCUCUCCCCAUGCUGUAAAACAGAGGAAGCCUGCUAUAUAUUUACAAAACCUUUUCUGCUUCCCUCUGAAACCCCAACAACUUCCCUUUCUUUGUGAAGAAAUGCCUUUUGUGUGUAGAUGUAUCUACUCUGUGCCCCAUGAGAGAGACCUCCCAAUAAAGAAUGACUCCUGUGACUGCCAGGAGUGUGUGUUCUGUGCCAGAGCUUCUACUGAUUAUCAGCAGUAUGCCAUUGUGUCUAUGGUUCCUGAGUCUAGGCAACUUGUCAUUGGUACCUACCUUCCUCUCACAAUAACAUAAUGCUUUGGAAGUUUUCAUGACAGUAGGAAUCUUGAAGUAGGUGAUGCAAGGUGAUUUUAUAAAUGAGAAAAUUGAGGUUCAGAGAGAUUGAUAGACCCAAGAUCACAUAGCUAAAAAGCGUCGGAGUUGGGGUUUGAACCAGUCUUCUGACUCCGAAUCCAGGCACUUGGGUGCCCAAACCCCCAUCCAGGAGUGUCCAAGGAGCAAAACUUUCUUCUGAUCUUUGAGAGGUCUUAACAAGAUAAACUGUUCAGCUUCAUUCAAAUUAAGAUGUGAAUGGCUGAUCCAGUUGGCUAAUGGGUAGUUGGGGUGGAGGAUAAUUUAUGUUAUAAAGCCAAAGCUUGUAAACCUAAUGAAUUUCUGGCUAGUGAUUGGACCUAGGAUAUUUUUUGAACCAAAUUUGGAAUCUACCUCUAUUAUCUAUGAUAAGCUUUUCCUCUCCCACAGGCCACAGUGGGGGAGUCCACAACCUGCCACUCCUUUCUACAUUAUUGUGACACUUCUUAUUGCCUAGAUUCUCAGCCUGGGUGGGCCAUUAGCAUAAAACCUGGGAGCAAAAAGUAUUGUUCUUUUUCUGGGAUAUUUGCCCUCUGCCACCACCUGACCCUGUCAGAGGAAGGAAGGAGCCAGCCAUGGUGGAUCUUAGCCAGAAUUUACAUGGCUUAUUGGGUUCAUAGAUUUGUUGGCCCUGAUCUUUAUGUUAGAUUAAGAUUAAUGGCUCUGUCCAUGUUCUCUUUGAUCUCUUUAAGGAUGCUACCAGAUCAUCCUCCCUCAUCUGUGCCGCUAACUUUUUUAAUGCGGAUUCCAGAGUCUCCCCUGUAUGCCCUGCUUCUAUCUGGGCUGCUAGGGUCAUCUCCUGUACUUGUGCAGUGUGUUGGAGGGUCUCUAUAUCUAAGGUAACCCCCUCCUCCUCUGCUGCCAUCUCUACAACUUCCAACAGUGAUUCUUUCAAUUUUCUCUUCUUCUGACAUGCUUUCUGACUCAUUGAGAUAUACUGAACUGACUACAAGUCUGCAAGAGUCUUAAGUGCUCUGGAGAAAACACAUCGUGACAUUGUCCACCUACAACUUUUAAUUCCAUGGAGACUGAUAAUCCAUGUAGCGCUACUGCAAGACCAUUGAAAGAUGGGCUUUUGUUUCAGGGAGAAGUUCAAGGUGAUUAAAAGUACUGGUCUUUCAAAUUGUCUGAAAGAGGAGAGAACACAUAGAGACAAGUGGUGCUAGGAAAAGCUUUGUUUUGAUCCAAGAAGUCAGAGGGAACGUGAGUGGAGCCUUAGGUCAAUCUGUCGACAGCUCUGUAAAUGUUAAGAUGCUAUAGAACUGUGGGUUAUUGACAUUAUGUGGAGGAGCCUCCAACCAAGUUCUUCACUACCUACCUCAGCAUGAAAGGGAUGCUGAGUUCAGGAAGGUAAUGCCAGCAUGCAGGCUGCUGAGGCUUUGAUUGCACACCUGAGGAUGGGCUGGGUGUUUGCACACCAGCCUGCACACCAACCUGGCUACAUUCAUAGAAGCUCAUCACCAGGUUAGUUGCAAGGUGAUGAAUUGACCACCAGUUCCUUUGAAAAGAUGGUCCUUUACAUUGUGAAGGGGUUGUAAUAUCCUAGAUCAGUCAGGUCUCCUAGUGACCACCAGAGGGCACUAGUGGCCCAAUAAUCAUAGAGAAAUUUCCCCCCACCACCCCUAGGCUGGAAAAUCCUCAAGAAAGCAUCCAUUUGUACAACCCUUUUAUUUUUUAAAUGAGGAAUUGAGGCCCAGAGAAGGGAAGGGGAUUUGCCCCAGGUCUCAUAGUGAGUGGAAGAGCUAGUCUCCAGACUCCUGGUCUAGUGCCACUUCUGGGAAUCCCUCCCUCCUUACCUCCCCAGCUCCCACUCCCAUUCCUACCCCUUCCCUAUUUCAAGCCUUAUAACCUGGAGGUCGGGAGAGUGAGGUGGUUCAGGUGUCUUACCAGUAAUCUAAACCAAGAUUCUCAAACUCUUUGGUUUGAGGACCCCUUUGCACUCUUAGAAAUUAUUGAGAGCCCCAAAGAGUUUGUUUAUGUGGGUUAUGUGUAUAUUUACCAUGUUAGAAAUCAAAACUGAUAAUUUUUUAAAGUACUUGUUAAUGUAUUGUGAAAAGUAACUAUUUUCCAAAGCAAAAUAUAUUAGAAGA